GCCGCGCGCUCGCUCGCUUGCUGCUUACCGGUGCAUGCAUCUGCUCUGCCAUUACGAGGUUGCGACGACGACGACGACGAUGGAGGUGCUUGCCGGCGGCAGGGCGCGGCAGGCCGCGCUGAGCAGGGAGGAGCUGCUCGGCCUCCUCGCCGACUUCUCCGGCGGCGGCGGCGGCGGCGAUGAGUCCGACCGCGAGCUGUCCUUCAGUGACUUCGUCGUGGUCGACACGGCGAAGCUCAGCCCGCGAAGGGAUGGUGGUGGUGGUGAGAGAAUCGGGACAGUCGCGAUGACGACGACGCCGGCGGCGGCGGAGAAAGGUCAGGGGAGGAGGACGACGCCGUCGUCCGAGCAGCAGCAGGGAGCGGCGGCGGCAUCGAAGCAGCAGGCGGAGGCGGCUGCUGCGGCGGCGGCGAGGGAGAGGAGGCUGCGGAGACGGCGGAGCGACAGCAGGGGAAGCUGCGGGGGCAGCGGCGACGGCGUGCUGCUCAACUUCUACGUGCCGGGGCUGCUCACCAGGAGCAUGACGACGCCGCGACCCGCCAGAGGAACGCUUCCUCCCGCCGCCCCCGCCGCCGCCGCGCCGGCGGCUGCCGCCAAAGCUAGGAUAGGCGCGCCUCUGGCCGUCGGAUGCUGGCCGGCGUUGUGGGGCGGCGGCCGCAAGCCGGCGAAACGUGCAGCCGGAGGACGUGACACCAGAGUGCCAGCAGCAUGAGACAAGCAGCACAUCGACGACGAUCGAUCAAUCUGCCACCGCCAUCGCCGGCGCCCGGAGACGAGCAGCAGCAGCAGAGCAGGAGCUUAGGCCUGCUUUCAUCCAUGGCUUUUAAUUAGUUGGGACGUUUCUUUCCUCCUGUAAAUAUAGUCCUCUAGUUUUUUUUUUUUUUGAAGGCUUGGGGUUGGCCUGUGCAUGUAUGUGGACAAAUGGACAUUGGAUGGUGAGUUGAAGUUUUUAUUGCGAAGAUCACGACACAGCAACGAACGGCAGGCGUACGGAUUUGUGCCUGGAUUCACGCCUUCUUCCCACACGUUUUCCCCUUGGUGUAUGGCACAAGUGAGUGAGUGAGUGAAUGAUAGUACAGAGUUCGGAAAAGAAAAACACAAGGCAAGGUCGCCUGCACCUGCCCUAGAAAAAGUUUGGAAGAAAAG